CUGUCGGCAAUACACGCCCUACUCCUGACUUCAGAAACCCGUAAACAAUAGGCUACCCGCUUAUGGACAUUUUGUAGCAACUAUCAUGGUCGGGAAACGGAGUUUCUACAGUCUUCUGACUUGUAUAAUUUUACUUAAUUACAUCUUCGAAAUUGAGAACAAUGAUAUUUUCAAUGGUCAGACAUCUAAACCCGUCAGCUACACUAUGGUGAAACCUCAACUGAUUCGGAGAUGGAAAAGAAAUUCAAACAUCCCCAAAGAAAACAAGGCAGACGAAACAGAUCACCUGGCUUACACUUUGAACAUAAAUGACAACAAGCACAUCCUCUAUCUUAAAAAAAACAAAGACUUUCUAUCACAAGACUUUGUUCAGUAUUCUCAUGACAAAAGUGGAUCCCCUAAAACAACAUAUCCAAAACUAAAUGACCAUUGCUACUACCAUGGGAAAGUAAAGGGACAUGACGACUCGCUGGUUGUACUCAGUACCUGCUCAGGUCUAAGGGGUGUGAUUCUUGUUAGCAAUGAGUCUUAUGGCAUUGAACCAGCCCCACAGUUUACAGCCAACGAGCACCUUCUGUACCACCUUAAGCACAGCCACUCUGAGGCCUUCGCCUGUGGAGUGACAGAUGAGGACUCACACAAUGAAAGUCACUAUGUCUUUGACCCCGCCAUGUCACUGACCGCACUUAUACGGAGAAAACGUAACCUACCUCAAACUAGAUAUGUGGAGUUGGCAUUAGUGGCAGACAAUCUCAGGUAUAAAUUUAAGAAAGAAAAUGAGAGCGCAGUGCGAGAGGAAAUGGUCGAAUUGGCAAAUCUACUGGACGGGUACUACAAGCAGCUGAAUAUCCGGGUGGUUUUGGUUGCUUUGGAGAUAUUUAAAACCGGGAAUCCUUUUGACGUGGAAGGUUCUGCUGGGGAAGUUCUGGGGAGGUUUGUGGCCUGGAGAAAAGAGACCCUCUUGCCUAAGAAAAGGAAUGAUGCCGGUCACCUCAUUGUUGGUCGAUCCUCUGCAUAUAGUGGUGGGAUCCUGGGAAUGGCGUUUGUGGGAACAGUGUGUUCGGUGGCAAGCUCUGGAGGAAUUAACGUGUUUAGUGACAACAGUCUACCCUACUUCUCCACUGUGGUGGCUCACGAAUUGGGCCACAACCUAGGAAUGAACCAUGAUAAUGGCCGCUGCUCUUGUAAUGGAGGAAGCUGUAUCAUGGAUGCGCAUGCCACCGGUUCCACCAGCUUUAGUAUCUGCAGCGGGGACGAUUUUGAGAGAUUAGUUCUACGUGGAGAUGGGGUGUGUCUAAGGAACCCGCCCUUGUUGUCAGAUGUGGUCAAUGUGGCUAAAUGUGGCAAUGGCAUUCUGGAGGAGGGAGAGCAGUGUGACUGUAGCUCACCAGAGGAAUGCACAAAUAAGUGCUGUGAUGCAGCUACCUGCAAGUUCUCCAGGGGUUCUUUCUGUGCUCAGGGAAGUUGCUGCAACAACUGCCAGGUCAGCGUUUCAGGAACACCAUGCAGAAGCUCUGUAAAUUCAUGUGACCUGCCUGAGUUCUGCAAUGGGAAAUCUGCCUUCUGUCCCACUGACCACUACAUUAUGGAUGGCGGGACCUGUGAGAGCAAUGCAGCUUACUGUUAUGAGGGUCGUUGUCAGACAUAUGACUACCAGUGCAAACAUCUAUUUGAGAAAGGUGCAACGAAGGCAGCAGAUAUUUGCUUUCAACAUGCCAACACAAAGGGGGAUUUGUUUGGUAACUGUGGGAUGACUAGCACAGGAGACUAUAUCAAGUGUAGUACGAGCAAUGCCAUGUGUGGAAAGGUUCAGUGCACCAAUGUAGACACAAACAAUCCCCCUCCUGGUGCGCAUGUCAGCAUACAAGUGAUUGAUGGGUCUUCGUGUGUGAACGCAGACUUCAACCUCGGAAGUGAUGUCCUGGAUCCUGCUUAUGUGAAUGAAGGGAGUCUCUGUGACAAGGGAAAGGCCUGCAUUGACUUCAAGUGUGUGAACGCCACGGCUCUGCUGCCACAACUUAACUGUGAUGCCCAGAACAUCUGUAAUGGUCAUGGGGUGUGUAACGACCAAGGGCACUGCCACUGUAAUGAUGGCUGGGCCCCUCCUUUCUGUGAUAGGUCAGGGAGAGGAGGCAGCAUAGACAGUGGUCCUGCCCAGAUAGACUACUCCCUCAGGAACGGCUUGCUAAUCUUCUUCCUGUUAGUGGUACCCAUCCUGGUCCUGCUGGUUCUAGUUCUGCUGUAUGUGUUCAAACGGGAUACUCUGAAGUGUGUUAAACAAAGUUGUGCCAUUCACCACAGGUCCCAAAAUGUUGCUAAUGGUCAAGGCAACAGCAAGACAGAUGUUCCUGCAAACCCCACUGCACAACCUCACAGACAUGGCCCUCCUACUCAGACUAUUACCCCAGACCCUGCCUUAGAACAAACAUCCAGGAAUGGAGAUUUGUAUCCCUGGAAUACAGAAUCAGCCUCUUUCCCCAAUCCACUUGUUCACCAGCAGGGCCCAGGGGUUCCCAGACCCAUUCCAUCCAGCAAAUAACACACUGGCAUCCUAGGUGUUUUGCUGUGCUUUCUUAAAGGGUAGUUCCACUACGUUCAUGUCCUUGUUUCUAUUUUAAAUCUCAAAGGGUUAACUUUUCAUGAGGAAAAACAUUUUUGGGCAUUACUUAAACAAAACUUAAACUCUGAACUGGGUAGUCAGAUGGCUGAGCGGUGAGGGAGUCGGGCUAGAAAUCAGAAGGUUGCCGGAUCGAUUCCCUGCCGUGUCAAA